GGCGGCGGCUGGGCCUCUUGCGCCCGCAGCCCACCUCUCGGGGGCGGGCUCCCGGCGCGAGCAGGGCUUUCGAGAAGAUGGAGGAGCUGGUGGUGGAAGUGCGGGGCUCCAAUGGCGCUUUCUACAAGGCUUUUGUAAAGGAUGUUCAUGAGGAUUCAAUAACAGUUGCAUUUGAAAACAACUGGCAGCCAGAGAGGCAGAUUCCAUUCCAUGAUGUGAGAUUCCCACCACCCGUAGGUUAUAAUAAAGAUAUAAAUGAAAGUGACGAAGUUGAGGUUUAUUCCAGAGCAAAUGAAAAAGAGCCUUGCUGUUGGUGGUUAGCUAAAGUGAGGAUGAUAAAGGGUGAGUUUUAUGUAAUAGAAUAUGCAGCAUGUGAUGCUACAUACAAUGAAAUUGUCACAAUCGAACGUCUACGAUCAGUUAAUCCCAACAAACCUGCCACAAAAGAUACUUUUCAUAAAAUCAAACUGGACGUGCCAGAAGACCUACGACAAAUGUGUGCCAAAGAAUCGGCACAUAAGGACUUUAAAAAGGCAGUUGGUGCCUUUUCUGUAACUUACGAUCCAGAGAAUUAUCAGCUUGUCAUUUUGUCUAUCAAUGAAGUCACCUCAAAACGAGCACACAUGCUAAUUGACAUGCACUUUCGGAGUCUGCGCACUAAGCUGUCUCUGAUACUGAGGAAUGAAGAAGCCAGUAAGCAGCUAGAGAGUUCAAGGCAACUUGCCUCGAGGUUUCAUGAGCAGUUUAUCGUACGAGAAGAUUUGAUGGGUCUGGCUAUUGGUACUCAUGGUGCUAAUAUUCAGCAAGCUAGAAAGGUACCCGGGGUCACUGCUAUCGAUUUAGAUGAAGAUACCUGCACAUUUCACAUCUAUGGAGAGGAUCAGGAUGCAGUGAAAAAGGCUAGAAGCUUUCUGGAAUUUGCUGAAGAUGUAAUACAGGUUCCAAGGAACUUAGUUGGCAAAGUAAUAGGAAAAAAUGGAAAACUGAUUCAGGAAAUUGUGGACAAGUCAGGAGUCGUGAGGGUGAGAAUUGAGGCUGAAAAUGAGAAAAGUGUUCCCCAAGAAGAGGAAAUUAUGCCACCAAAUUCCCUACCUUCCAGUAACUCAAGGGUUGGACCUACUCCCUCAGAAGAAAAAAAACAUAUAGAUAUAAAGGAAAACAGCACUCAUUUUUCUCAACCUAACAGUACAAAAGUCCAGAGGGUGUUAGUGGUUUCAUCAAUUGUAGCAGGGGAAUCCCAGAAACCUGAACUCAAGGCUUGGCAGGGUAUGGUACCAUUUGUUUUUGUGGGAACAAAGGACAGCAUUGCUAAUGCCACUGUUCUUCUGGAUUAUCACCUGAACUAUUUAAAGGAAGUAGACCAGUUGCGUUUGGAGAGAUUACAAAUUGAUGAGCAGUUGCGACAGAUUGGAGCUAGUUCUAGACCACCACCAAAUCGUACAGAUAAGGAAAAAGGCUAUGUGACUGAUGAUGGUCAAGGAAUGGGUCGAGGUAGUAGACCUUACAGAAAUAGGGGGCACGGCAGACGCGGUCCUGGAUAUACUUCAGGAACUAAUUCUGAAGCAUCAAAUGCUUCUGAAACAGAAUCUGACCACAGAGAUGAACUCAGUGAUUGGUCAUUAGCUCCAACAGAGGAAGAGAGGGAGAACUUUCUGCGCAGAGGAGACGGUCGACGGCGUGGUGGUGGAGGAAGAGGACAGGGAGGAAGAGGACGCGGAGGUGGCUUCAAAGGAAACGACGAUCACUCCCGAACCGAUAAUCGCCCGCGUAAUCCAAGAGAGGCUAAAGGAAGAACAGGAGAUGGAUCCCUCCAGGAAGGGCCACAUCCCGAGAAAAGCAAAGCAUCUGCAUGAAGUACGUCAACUGAGCCCGUGAGACAUCAGUCAAAUCCGUGAUGACCUACCAGAUCUAUGUCCAGACCCACCACAGUAACAAAACCACCAUGAAGGGCUUUCAUUUGCCUUACAAAGAAGCUACUGACACUCCCAGAGCCUGCACACCCUGGCAGCUUCGUAAGCAUUUAAUUCAGGGUGAACUCGGUCAUACUGCAGAAGACAGGACUGACUCGUGCUGGAAGAUACAUCCCAUAGGCCUCCUGCCCUUACAUCGUUUGAACGUGCUCUCUAGGUAUAAGGUUGCAUUUCACAUCCUCCAGUCAGAUAGCCCUCAUGGAUUUAAGGCCGUGACAGACUACCUUUGCCACAUGCCAGAGAAGGUCAAGAGAGACUUCAGACCAUGAUGCAGAUCUGACAUUUAAGAUAGAAGAGGAAGGAAGGAGGGUUGGGUAGGAAGGAUCUUAGACUGUAAUACAGUUCCAAACAAGCUUCAACCAGGCUGAUCGGAAGUUCUUGAGCCAGAGUCACCUGUUACCGGGAUUCUUCCACUCAUAGGAAUGGAUCUGCAUUAGUACCUCCACUGUGCUCAAUUAUUGGCUGGAAAUUGUCUACAGGAAACAUGACCUUGGCACAAACAGCAGUGGCUCCAGACGGGUAGCAACUGGGGCUGUCAGGCAAUUAAGCUCGCCACAACAGAUUGAAGUGGCAUACUUGUGGUGGCACCACACUACAUAAUAAUAACCGCCCCCUUUUUUUAGACCUGCAUUGACCGUAGUGAGUAGCUGGAAAGUUUUUACUGAAGAGAUCCUGGAAAUGUCGAUGAAUACAAAUUUGAAAUGGGAUCCGGUAUCCUCUCCCACUGGGGAGACAGCUUUGACACUGGGUUUGUCACAUACCUCUUCAAGCUCAGGACACUCCUGUGGUUCUUAUCCUCAUGCAAUAAGUCCCCUUUGCACUGUAGCCAUCUUCCUUGAUUUCAAGAGAUCGCCUUUGGUAAGGGAAUCGUUAGCCCUGGGUCUGUCUGGAGCUUUUCACUCCAGGAUGUAAAAUAAGGCCUGGUUCUUUCCUGAGGGGAGUUCAUGGACCCCAACUGGUUGGGCGUGGACAGGUCCAACCCUGGGAAGCAAGUAGAAGAUCGAGGGGCAAAGGACUUCUCUUUUCCUAGUCCAGAUAUGGACAGACUACACCUGUCUGGGGCAGUGAUCACAGCGCCAACUAUCACAACCCUAGAUAUGUCACCCCCAAUUUGAUUUGGCUAUGAGGGAUCUUACCAGCCCCCUCACUGUCAAGCAAGGCCUCUGCUAUUACUUCUACCGGGCAAGGGGACUCAGCCACUCUUUGCCUCAGCUUUCUAUACACAUGUGUCCAUGGCCUGUGACGUCCGUGCUAAAUGGGUGCAGAGAUUCACCUUGGACCCAACUCAAAGCAGCAUUUGUGUUCUUCUCACCCACUGUCGGGACUACUUUUUCUGUGUAGUAAGACAGCCUCCCUUUCUCUCCCCUGCCUCCUGUUUGGAUCCAGGGUUACCUGCUUCCUGAGAAUAGCCAUGCAACCCUUCAGUAAUCAAAGAUCCACUGGGCACAGGCUAUAUAUGCCCAGCUUCUGGUGCCAUUAGCAGGAUCUACCUGGGGGCUUUGGGGGCACAGUUUAUCACCACCUUACAUGGGUUGUCCUCCCACCAAGAGGUGUUUCUAAGGCUCACCUGAGGAGAUUACCAAUGAGUUAGCUGGGGUUUCGCUCCUAAAGAUAUUCUUGAUUCCCUACCUCUGCUUGUGUUGGAUACCUGCAUAACUUUGUGUUAUUUACUGACUAGGCAGUGUGCACUGUGGCCGCCAGCUCCUGCUGUUUCUGGCUGAAUACCUCACUGCAAGUGAAGCUGUCCAACAUUAACUAUAGGAGCUAGCCACAGGGCUCUAAACCACCGCCUCCCAUCUAAGGCCUCUAGUUCUCAUGCUGAACUUUGUAUUAUUAUUUAGGACCCUCUUCAUUUUACAACGUCUUCUUUGCCACUGUCACCAACUCCAGAAACCCCACUGACAAAUCCAAUUGGUUUCUGGGCCCAAUGGGAAGGCAGGUUUCACUGUGGGAUAAUGACAGAACAUGAGAUCGCGUGCUCAUCUUGCUAACACUUAGGCUCGUAAGUUAUCCCAAUCAAACCUAUGCUUGUGCCCGUUGUACAUGACUCGUGCUUUCUUUCACUCACCUUCCAAAGAUGGAUUAAAGGGAGCAAGACUAGGGGCAGGGAGGCCAGGCUGUUGGAAUAAUGAGCCAAUGCAGUGACAGUAAGAAUGGAGAUGGUAGGAUCCCUAGCAUAGUUGGGAGAUAGGAUCAGUGAGACUUGGUGUUUAUCAUGUGUGGGGAAAGAGGAAGGGAGGAAACUAGGGUUAUGAUUCACACAGUUUGGGCUUAAUAGUUUUCUUUUAGAGGAAUGAGGAUUUAUUCAUUCAACUAAUGUUGUUUAAACAUACGCCAUGAGUCAAGCGUGUAUUUGAUGCGGGAGAUGCAGAAGAAAAAGACACUGGGAAAAGAAAAAUUAGCGUAAAAUAAUAGAUAAUUACAGGAACAAAUGGAUAUCGUGCCUCCUCAUAUGAUGCACUGAGAAGGGCACAAUUCACUCGGUGGUGUUCCUAUUUACAAAAUUACUCAGCUUCAUCUAAUAAUGUGGAAACAUCAGACAAGCUCAAACUGAUGGACACGUUACAAAAUAAAAGGCUCGUACUUGUCACCAUUAUUGAGGUCACAAAGGACAAAGAAAUACUGAGGCACUGUUUCCAAUCAAAGCAUACUAAAAAGACAUAACAGUUAAGCGCAACAUGUGGUCCUGCACUGGAUCUUGAA